UCCAUCUCCAGUACAUCAGGAGUUGGCACUAGUCAGAUGGCGGGUUCGCAGUUCAGCUCGCCGCCUCCACGCACCUGGGAGCAGAUGGAGCUCCAGCAGGUAGAAAGGAUUCGCUUGAGCCUAGAGGAGGAACUUAAACAGGCUACUAAAAGAGAGAAAAAGAUUAGAGACAGGAGUGUCAGACUAGAGGGUAGGGAGGCAGACAAAGCUGCACUUGAGGGGUCAGAUGACUCGGCCUUUAGUAAUACUGAAAAGAUAUUUAAGGCGAGCAUCCUGUCCAUGCACGCAUACAUGGACAGCAAACUGUAUACAAUCCAGGACACCUUGGAUCAGACCCUGAAUGUCAUGCAUAGGCCAGGAAUCAGGCCAGAAGUUUUGCCAUCGCUGCCAUUCUCAGCGAUGACAGGCCCCUAUGUCGCUCAGUCUGGACCAUCACCAAGUGGUACAUCAGCAGCAGCCAUGUCACAGACUGUUGCUUCGUCAUCUUCUGGUCCAGCGGCUGGAGCUACACCACCGCCACCGACUGUCUCACCAGUGGGACAGCAGCAACCUUGGUACCCCAAGACCCCUCUGAAACCACCUCCUACCUUCUCAGGAGAUAAGAAGGAUGAGGGACUCGACACUUGGUUGGGAACGGUUCCAGUGUGGGUCAAGGCAAAGAGGACGCUAGUAGAGGAGGAAGUGAUUACUGCUGCGUCCUACUUAGAGGGUUCAGCAACUCGCUGGCUAAAUGGAUUAGUGGCUUCAAAAGGGUUCGGCAGAAAAAUGGGUGACUGCGUCAAGACCUAUACCCUUGAAAACUUUAUGGCUUUAGUGGAGGCUCGAUGGCACAACCCUCAGCAGCCACAGAUUGCAACUGAUGGGCUACUCAAACUUGACUCUAGGAAAUGUCUCCCCACAGACAUCAAGAACCUCUUAGCUAGCGAGGCUUGUCUAGAGUAUCACACCUUUGAGACAUUCAACAAGAAGGCCCUAGACUUAGAGGCUACGCUGGGUGGUGCUCAAACCCCCACUACGGACGGGAGAAAGAAGAAGAGUCCACAAGAAUGGAAGAAGAAGGGUAGUCAAUUGAUGAUGGUUGAUUCCGAUGGGAAUCAAACUGAGAUCGAUGAUGUUUCUGAGCUUGUGGAGGGGUCAGAGUUAAAUGGCGAGGAGAGUGCUGAGGGUAGCAACCUCGCCGCCGUAGUUAAGACUAAGGCAGGUGGCCGCGGCAAGGGCGGUCAACAGAGGAGUCAGGGGCAAGCCGCCAACCCAAACAAAAUAGCUGCUUGGGUUAGGGUCGGUUUGGAUCAAGCGGGUGAUGUACCCUCCCCGUUUCAAGAGUUGGCCAAAGCUAUCGACUCCUUAGUCACCCCGCGGACGCAUCCGGACCUUCAAGUGUUGGCUCAGCAGGAAGGGGAAAAAUUGACAUCGGUCGAGUACAUGAGCAAAAAGAUGCCAUCAAAUAAGUUGGCAAAGUCCACCUACGAGAGGGAACUCUAUGCUCUCUACAAGGCACUUAUCCACUGGAGGCACUAUCUGUUAGGAAGGUUCUUUUACUUUAGAACUAACCAUCAGACCCUCAAGUGGAUCAAGACCCAACCAGUUCUCUCCGAUGCACGCAAACGCUGGAUUGAAGUCAUAGAUCAGUAUGACUUCAAACUAGACUAUGUGAAGGGAGAGUACAACAAGGUUGCGGACGCGUUGUCUAGAAGUGCAAAUUACCUAGGUGCGCUGAUUUCUGAGUUUGGCUUAUCUAAGGACGUGACUCGAUCCUUGGGGGAAGCCUACAAGGAAGAUCCCGCCACGAUGGACAUCAUCAACAAACUGCAGGCCAAAGACAAGGCCACUUCUGACGAGUUUGUGAUGGUGGAUGGGUUACUCUUUCUUGAAAAGGCGGGGUUUAAGAGGCCCUCAACUGUAGUCUCGGGCCUGGGCGCAGGGUCUGAGGCCCAACCGGAAGCUACUGGAAGCGUCCAGCCAGGCCACACGCAGCAUCCAGGAGGCUGCCACUUCAAUAAAGGAAGUGAGGCAGCCCAGGCCAGGCAUUCUGGCCAGUGCAGGCAAUGCGGAAGUGCUGCUGCGCUAUCGCUUGAUGCUGAGCUGCUGCCAAGGGCGCUGACUGGGCGCGUAGUGAAGUCCGGGGAAACGGACGAGGCCUAUCAGGCCCGGAUGCUGCUUCUGAUUACCGAAGCCGAGCAACGGUCGGAUGCAGUAGCGGCCGCAACAAAGAAGAAGGCAGAGGACGCCGAGAAGGCACGUCUGUUGGCAAUUGAACAGCAGCGCCAGCAAGACGAGGCAGCAGCAAAGGCUGCCGAUGAAAAACAACUUCAACGACGCGAUAAAAUAUUCAACGGAGAGCGAGCUUUGCUCACAAUGGCCGCCGACUGGCGGGUCGAGGCUGAGAAUGGGAAGCCAGAAGAGAGUGGAAACAAGAUCGCUCUACUCCUCUCCCAUCUCACGGACCUCCUGGCCACGUGCAUUGCACAGCAGGAGGACAUUCACAACCUCGACGACGCGGUUCAAACACAGAAUCAGGUGUUUGACCAACUCACCAGCCGCCUCCAGCAGCUGGAACAAACCGUCGCCGCCCCCGUUGCCAACUCUUCCAACACCUCCGAUCGCCUCGAGGCAUUGGAGAUUGACGUCGGAUCCCUCAAGGACGGCGUGAAGUUACAGCAAAACGCCAUGCAACUAUUGGAGCAGCGGAUAUGUACUGCCGCCACUUACUCGAGAUCGGAACCGCGCGAGACAACUCCAAAGCUCGAUGAUCAGGAGAUCUUUUGCGAUUCGAUGAAGACGGACCCGAUUCCGUGGUUCCUCGAUAGUCCUCCUCUGCUCUAUUCUUUUGAGGACUAUGCUGCCCGGCUCGUUGCUGCGCUGGGUACUCAUGCUCAAGGACAAGACGUGUGUGCGACAUCUUCUCUGUCCGGCAACGACAACUUAUCGUCUUCAAGUGGUUCUUCAUGGGAUUCGGCACACGAGUUCAACAUAGAGGUAUUGGACUCUCUCACGUCCGAGGAUUUCGCAUGGCUUCCUCUCCCGACCACGGGUCGCUUGUCGGGACGGCAAUGCGCAGCAUUAUGCGCUCAUCUUCACAUGUACUUAUCCUUCUAUGGACCACCAACUUCGUCGACGGAUGACGAAGUCGUGGUCGGGGACAUCCUUGCAUAUGUUACCAAGGUGGCCCGCGAGUUUCACAAUCAGCGGUACGAUGACAACAACGCACCGCUCCUCUAUGUCUGCAUCCAAGUUGGGCAAGCAUCCUGCAGUGCUUUGCUGGAUAGCGGCGUGUCUCGCAAUUUUAUGAGCCAGGCCUUUAUGCAAAAGGCUGGCCUUGGCGCACAAGUUCGAAGGAAGGCAAACCCAGCGGUGAUCAAGUUGGCGGACGGAAGGACGCAACAACUUAUUGACCGCUACAUCGAGAGCGUACCGGUGUAUUUCGCACCUCAUGCAUGUGAACCGGUGACAUUCGACAUUUUGGGCACGGACUUCGACAUUAUUUUGGAAAUGCCUUGGCUUGCAAGUGCGGAUCACACGGUCAACUUCCACCGGCGAACUCUUACCGUUCGCAAUGCCUUCGGCGCCGAAUUGCUUGAUGACUUCGCCGACAUCUUCGAGUCACCUACCGGUGUGGUGCCGGAUCGGCCGAUCUCUCACGAGAUCAUUCUUGAGGCCGGUGCCGUGCCGCCGAAAGGUUGCAUUUACCGCAUGAGCGAGGAGGAGCUUACGGUCAUCCGCGCGCAGCUCGAUGACUUGUUGGACAAGGGUUGGAUCCGCCCUAGUAGCUCUCCAUACGGAGCGCCAGUUCUCUUCGUACGGGAGAAGAACAAGGAUCUACGAUUGUGCAUCAACUACCGCAAGCUCUACGCGCAAACCGUCAAGAAUGCGGGACCUCUUCCUCGCAUCGUCGAUCUUCUUGAGCGAUUGGGCGGGGCAAAGUAUUUUUCUAAGUUGGAUUUGAAGUUGGGAUAUCAUCAAAUCUCGAUCCGACCGAACGAUCGUCACAAAUCCGCGUUCAAGACGUGGUAUGGGCAUUUUGAGUGGGUGGUCAUGCCUUUGGCCUCACCAACGCCCCGGCGACCUUUCAAGCAGCAAUGACCAACGAGUUCAUGCGAUGUUGGAUCGGUUCGUGCUGGUCUACUUAGACGACAUUCCUAGCCCAUCAUUGGAGGAUCAUCUUGAGCACCUUCAAUGAGUGUUGGAGACGCUCCGCCGCGCCAAGUACAAGGCUAACCACGACAAGUGUGAAUUUGUCUGACAAGAGCUGGAAUACUUGGACCAUUUUGUCACACCGGAGGGCAUCAGUCCGCUAUCGGACAAGAUUCAAGCCAUCCAAGAGUGGCCGGAGUCGCGGAACGUCACGGAUGUCCGUUCGUUCCUUGGCCUUGCCGGCUACUACCAACGUUUUAUCAAGGGAUACUCGAAUAUCGCGGCCCACUUGUCCAAGCUUUAAUGCG